UGCCGCGGCCAGGCGGGGAGCUCUCUGGGCGGCGCCGUAGCGCCCGAGAUCUGGAAGGCACAGUUAUGGAGCAAGAGCCACAAGAUGGAGAACCUGCUGAAAUCAAGAUCAUCAAGGAAGCAUAUAAAAAAGCCUUUUUAUUUGUUAAUAAAGGACUGAAUACAGAUGAAUUAGGUCAGAAGGAAGAAGCAAAGAACUACUAUAAACAAGGAAUAGGACACCUGCUCAGGGGAAUCAGCAUUGUAUCAACUGAAGCUGAACACACAGGCCCUGAGUGGGAAUCUGCUAGACAAAUGCAACAGAAAAUGAAAGAAACACUACAGAAUGUACGCACGAGGUUAGAAAUUCUAGAGAAGGGCCUUGCUACUUCUCUGCGGAAUGACCUUCAGGAGGUACCUAAGUUAUAUCCAGAAUUUCCACCUAAAGACAUAUGUGAAAAGUCACCAGAGCCUCAGUCCUUUAAUUUACCUCCUCAGCAUGCUGAAGUAGAUGGAAACACUUCAGCCUUAAGUGCAGGGUUGGUGGCUACACCUUCUUUGUCCUUGCCAUCUCCAGGCUGUCCAUCAGAAGCUCCUCCUGCUUAUACCCCUCAGGCUGCAGAGGGUCACUACACUGUGUCCUAUGGAACAGAUUCUGGGGAGUUUUCGUCAGUGGGAGAAGACUUCUAUAGGAAUCAUUCUCAGCCACCUCCUCUUGAGACCUUAGGGCUAGAUGCAGACGAGUUGAUUUUGAUACCAAAUGGAGUACAGAUUUUUUUUGUAAAUCCUGCAGGGGAGGUUAGUGCACCUUCAUAUCCUGGGUACCUUCGAAUUGUGAGAUUCUUGGAUAAUUCUCUUGAUACAGUUCUAAACCGUCCUCCUGGGUUUCUUCAGGUUUGUGACUGGUUGUACCCUCUGGUUCCUGAUAGAUCCCCAGUUCUGAAAUGUACUGUAGGUGCCUAUAUGUUUCCUGAUACAAUGUUACAAGCAGCAGGUUGCUUUGUGGGAGUUGUCUUGUCUUCUGAGUUACCAGAAGAUGAUAGAGAACUCUUUGAGGAUCUGUUAAGACAAAUGUCUGAUCUUCGGCUCCAGGCCAACUGGCAAACGGCAGAAGGGGAAAAUGAAUUCCAAAUCCCUGGAAGAGCAAGAUGCCCCUCUGACCAAUUGAAGGAAGAAGCUUCUGCCACUUCAUUAGACCAAGGCAACAAGGAUAUGCGUCAUAGAGGAAAACGUGGAAAAAAGACUAAAGAUACUUCAAAUGAAGAAAUUAAUCUGAGUCACAUUGUACCCUGUGAGCCUGUUUCAGAAGAAAAAGCAAAAGAAUUGCCUGAAUGGAGUGAGAAAGUGGCUCAAAACAUUUUAUCAGGUGCUUCCUGGGUGAGUUGGGGUUUAGUCAAAGGUGCUGAAUUUACUGGUAAAGCAAUCCAGAAAGGUGCCUCUAAACUCCGAGAACGAAUUCAACCAGAAGAAAAACCAGUGGAAGUUAGUCCAGCUGUCACCAAGGGACUUUAUAUAGCAAAGCAGGCUACAGGAGGAGCAGCGAAAGUCAGCCAGUUCCUAGUUGAUGGAGUUUGCACUGUAGCAACUUGUGUUGGAAAAGAACUGGCUCCACAUGUUAAGAAGCAUGGAAGCAAACUUGUUCCAGAAUCUCUUAAAAGAGACAAAGAUGGGAAGUCUACCCUGGAUGGAGCUAUGGUUGUUGCAGCAAGUAGCGUUCAAGGAUUUUCAACUGUCUGGCAGGGAUUGGAAUGUGCAGCUAGAUGCAUUGUUAACAAUGUUUCAGCAGAAACUGUACAAACUGUCAGAUACAAAUAUGGGCAUAAUGCAGGAGAAGCUACACACCAUGCAGUGGAUUCUGCCAUCAAUGUUGGUGUAACUGCCUAUAAUAUUGACAACAUUGGUAUCAAAGCAGUGGUGAAGAAAACUGCAAAACAAACAGGACAAAAACUCCUUGAGGACUAUCAAAUACCUGGUGCUUCUCGGGGAGAAAGUCAAGAAGGAGCAGCAACUGCAAAUAUGAGAAAAGAGAAGGAUGAAAAGACAGAAGAAGUAGAAAAGAAAGAAGGAAAGAAGAAAGAUAAAUAGUGAAAGUGCUGGGAAUCACCUAUACCAAAGCCUUACCAGAUGGAGGAAAUUCUAUUUAAUAGGCAAAUGUGGAAUUCCCUGAAAAUUAAUCAGUAUUUUUUAAAAUGCAUUCAUUCCUACAAAGUGACUGUCCUAUGUUUUAUGACAUGUAUUCCACUUACACAAGGAAAAUAAUCAGUAUUCUUGCACCUGGCCUUUAGAAGUUUGCAGUUAUAUUCUCAGUAAAUUUAUUUUUUCCCAAAAUGCAGCCAAAAUAUUUUUGCAGUUAAAAUAAAGCUUAUAAUACAUGUGCUAUAACCCUCAUUAAACUUAUUAUAAAACUAUUUUUAUAUGUUAUCUUUCAGAAAGUAGAAAAUUAUAUAUUUACAUAAAAUUUGGCAUUUAGUAACCUUAGUUCUAUUUAUAGUGGGAAGGAAUGACUUAACAUAAUGCCUCUUUUUGCACUAAUUGUGGAUCUUUUUAGACAGUUGUCAGAAUUUUCAGUGUGGAAGCUAAACAAAAACUAUAAUCUGAGCUAAAAGAAUUCUUAGAUAAUAUUUUAAAAGUGUUUUCAAAACAAGGAUGAAGUUGGAUCAUGAAAAAUGAGGUUCUGUAAAAUUAUUUGGUAGCUUAUAUGUUGGUUCUGAAAUGAGAUUUUUUUAAAUUUAAAAUCAAUACAAAUAAAUCUAAAUCUUUUGGAUUGAGAAUGGUAUUGAUUUAUUAAGAGCCUAGAAAAGUUUUCAGUAUGAUUGAUAUUGCAUUAAAAUUUGGAGUGAUUAUUAUCAGCUUAAUUGGACAAAAAGUACUCUAAGAAAU